UCUGUGAACUGUGCGUGCUCGAUCGAUCUGCUGCGCGAGAGAGAAGAGAUUCGAUCGGCACCGUGUCCGUGUGUGCUUGCUGCUUAUUAGUCUGUGCGUGCGGGGGAGAGGACGAGGAAGAUGAAGCUGGCGAUGGCGGCGGCGAGGAACAACAGCUCGGCCGGGAAGAAGCCCCGGAAGCCGUACAAGAUCACGCGGCCGAGGGAGAUGUGGGCCGCCGACGAGCAUGGCCGCUUCCUCCACGCCCUGCUACUAUUCGGCCGCGACUGGAAGCCCGUCGCGCAGUUCGUCGGUACCAAGACGGCCACGCAGGUACGCAGCCACGCGCAGAAGCACUUCCUCAAGGCCCAGAAGCUGGGCCUGGGUGCGGCGCUGCCGCCGCCCAAGCCUCGCCGCGGCGCCGGCUCGGCUGCCGGUGCCAUGGCGCAGGAGGACGAGACGAUGAUCCAGCUGCCAUUGUCGCCAGACGACCCGCGCUUCGCUCAGGUGUACAGGUUCGUCGGCGACGUCUUCGGCUCCGGCGCGGUGCGGCCGGCCGAGGCGGAGCUGCAGCGGCUGGAGGGCGUGGAUCCUGUCGUCGUCGACACGAUCUUGCUGGUGCUAAGGAACCUCGAGGACAACCUAUUUGCUAAGAACUUAAGACUAGGUGAUGUGCUGACACGUUAAACAAGGUAAUAACGCAGGAGAUUAAUCGCUCAAUUCGCCAUUUGGUUUCGGUGGAUCACGUGUUCUGGUGUCGAAUUAAAAAUUGCUAAUUCGAUGGGUGUACCGAGGAUUCUUGGGCUGCAUUUCUUGCUUGUUUACUGAAUGUAGCUAGCUAGUUUGUAGCUCGAGUUGGUUUCUUGUAAAAAUUGGUGGAAGGGAAUGUAACUCUUGGUGCAAAGAAAUUCAAUUUUUGGUGCCACAUGUUAUCGAGGUGGGGUG